AUGGAGAAAAAGGAUAUGCCCUCAGAUCAGGAUACACCGGGUCUUGACAUGGUGAAGAUGGGAUCUACCCCUGCCGCUCGUGAUGUCGACUUUGGCCAAGUCCUAGAGACCACAUCCACACCAGCGCUUGAGAGAAAGGUCCUGUGGAAAUUAGAUCUAUACUUGAUUCCGUUAAUGGGAUUCUGUUACAUGCUACAAUAUAUGGAUAAGUUGGCUUUAAGUCAAGCGACAUUAUUUAAUUUGACAGAAGACCUGAACCUCCAAGGUACUGAAUACAACUGGUCCUCCGCUAUCUUCUACUUUGGCUAUUUUGCCUGGAGCUGGCCGAGUAGCUACCUCAUCGUCCGGCUGCCUUUAGGCAAAUAUUUGGGGAUGGCCGUUCUUGUAUGGGGUGGUGUCUUGAUGUGCCACGCUGCAUGCACCAAUGCCGCCGGGCUCAUGGCCGCGCGUUUCUUCCUUGGUGUUGGAGAGGCAUCAAUUGCCCCUGGAUUUGCCUUGAUUACUGGCAUGUUCUACAAGCGAGAAGAGCAACCUGCCCGACAAGCUGCAUGGUUCAUUGGAAAUUCAAUCGCCACAGUAAUCGGAGGUCUCGUCGCUUAUGGUAUUGGAUUGAUCCAUAACAACACAGUCAAUAACUGGCAGCUACUCUUCCUGAUUCUCGGUGCGAUUACUUCCGGGUAUGGAUUCGUCCUCAUUGCUUUCCUGCCUGAUUCGCCUGCCAAAAGCAUUUUCCUCAACAAGACCGAGAAAGCGGUUGCGAUACAGCGUACCCUUAGCAACAAGACUGGCGUUCUGGACACAGGCAAGUUCAGAUGGGGCCAAGUGUGGAUGGCCGUCAAGGACCCUCAAACAUGGCUCCUGGUCUUGUAUACGCUCUGCGUAAACUUCUGCAAUGGGGGCAUAACCAGUUUCUCCUCCAUCAUCAUAAAUGGAUUCGGGUUCUCAAAACUUCAAUCCCUUCUGAUCCAGAUGCCAAUCGGUGCAGCACAGCUAGUCUUUCUCGUUCUUACCUCUGGAUUCGCCACAGUGGUUCGCCAGACCCGUAUUUUCAUGAUGAUUCUCAACACAACUGUUUCGAUGAUCGGCAUGAUUCUCAUCUGGAAAUUGGGGGCAGACAACCAGGCAGGCAAAAUGACAGGACUUUGCUUGGGUGCCGUUUUUGCCGCAAAUAUCCCUUUGUCGCUUAGCCUCAUCAGUUCGAACGUGGCUGGAUUUACCAAAAAGAGCACCGUCAGCGCCUUGAUGUUCGCAGCAUACUGUAUUGGCAAUAUCGUCGGCCCUCAAUUCUUCCUUCCCAAAGAAAAGCCGGUUUACGCGACCGGAAUUAAAGCUGCCAUGUCUGGCCUCAUCUUCGGAAUAUUCUUUCUUAUUUGUUUGUAUGUAUACUACGUAUACGAGAACAAUCGACGAGACAGAGCCUACGGCUCGGCGACAGAGUUGACCGAAAGAGAGGAACUACAGGACGAAUUCUCCAACAAGACAGAUCAUGAGAUAGAAAGUUUCAGAUAUGUACUCUGA